CAUGACGCUCCAGCGGCUCUGGCAUCUUCUUUCCUGCUGUUCCCUGCUCCUGCUGGCCGAAGUGGAGCAGCACGUGUUUGAUGUGACCACCUGGCCAGAAAACCCUGUGGUGGAGCACGGAGGGUCUCUCUGGCUGAAUUGUAGCACCAGCUGCCAGGAGGCAGAUGCCAAAGGAGGCUUGGAGACAUCGCUGAUCAAGGAGUGGAGAGACAAUGGGACCGGCUGGGCAGCCUUCCAGCUUGUUAACAUCACGGAGUGGGCGUCUGCCACGGAGUGCUCCUUCAGCUGUUAUGGGGAGCAUAAAUCUGCUCGUGCAAACAUUGUGGUAUAUCAGAUUCCAGAGCAAGUAGCUUUGGAUCCAGUGCCCGUGAUGGAGGUGGGCAGAGUGUAUAACCUGACAUGCUGGGUUGCUAACGUUGCUCCCAUCCGGAACCUCACGGUGACCUUGCAUAAAGGAAAGGAGAAACUGCACGAGGAGGCAUUUGAGAUGCAUGGUGCUCCUGAAGCCAGUGAUGUUGUGGUGGCCUAUGCCAUAACUGUCCAGCAGGAAGAUCACAGGAAGGAAGUCACCUGCCAUGCCACUCUGGAUUUGAGGCCUCAUGGGCCACUCCUUGAAAAGACAUCCCUCAGCAAGGUCCUAAGAGUCUUUGAUUUUGCAGUGGAUCCCCAGCUUCAUGCCUCACACUAUGUGGAGGCUGACAGCAACAUGACUGUGCAGUGCGAUGUGGUCAGGGCUUUCCCAGUGGAAGAGGCCCAGUUUGACCUGACACUUGGAGAGGAGAGACUGAAUACCAGCAUCAGUGUGUCGGGUGCGGCUGUACAAGCCCAGACACAAGCAUCCUCUUUAAGGGCUGGAAACCAUACACUCACCUGCACAGUAUCCCUGGGACCAGUGACCAAAUCUGCAGUGGAGAUGGUACAAGUUUACAGUUUUCCUGAGCCUUCCCUGGAGAUUCAUCCGCCCCAGACACUCGCAAAUAGUCCUGUAACCAUUACAUGUGAUGCUCCAGCUUUUCAGCCAUCCAGCAUUUCUCUUCAGCUCAAAAAUGCUUCUGGAAAGAUCUUGGCAUCUGGUGAUCAAGCCCCUCUGCAAUUCAACCUGAAAGCUCAGGAAGAAGAUGAUGGGAGGGAAUUCAUAUGUCAAGUGGAACUGACAAUUGGUGGAGACAAGAUCACGAAGCGCACAUCUGCCAAUCUUACAGUUUUCUAUGUGCCAGGAAUGGAUGAGUCCACUUGCCCCAGCAGCCCUACAUGGGUAGAGGGAACACCACAAGUGCUUCACUGCAUGGCCAAGGGGAACCCCAAGCCAUCCGUGAUUUGCACCAAAGAUGGCCUUGCUCGCAACAUGGAAAGGGAAGAGCAGGUCAACCGGAGCCAUGCUGGCCUCUACAACUGCACUGCCACCAGUGAGCUUGGAUCCAGCUCUAGAACAGUCACUGUCCACGUGGAAUAUGAGCCUCAGCUGGACGAGUCCAACUGUCCAAGUAACCAAACGUGGCUGGAAGGGAGCCUGCAGAAGCUCAGUUGCCAAGCGGAUGGCAUCCCAGUGGCAGAGGUCUCCUGCAUGAAAGACGGCAAUGUGUAUGAUACAAGGAAGGCGCAGAAUGUCACACAAAACCAUGCUGGCGUCUACCGCUGCAAUGCUACCAAUCCACAUGGGUCAAGCAGCAGGAUGGUCACAAUCCAGGUGGAAUAUGAGCCUGAAAUGGAUGAUUCUAGCUGUCCCCAGAACUGGACCUGGACAGCAGGAGAAGAGCAAAUGUUCACCUGCUUUGCCUGGGGAAACCCAGAGCCAGUGGUUGAGUGCACUAAAGAUGGAAUAGCUUAUAGUCCUGGGAUUGUCCAGGCUGUCACUAGGGAAUACACCGGCAGCUAUACCUGCACAGCCACAAACAUGCAUGGCUCCAGCACCAGGGCUGUGAACAUCCAAGUGGAAUAUAAGCCACAAAUGGAUGAAGCUAGCUGUCCAAGUAACUGGACCUUGGUGGAAGAGACACUGCCCACUUUUGCCUGUAGAGCUGAGGGGGUUCCAACUCCAGAAGUUGUUUGCACCAAGGAUGGUAUGCCAUUCUACCUUGGCCAUGGAGAAGAGAUCCCAAUCUACAAUGGAACCUUGUGGUGUAAUGCUACAAACCGGCAUGGGACUGUGGCCAAGACCAUCAUGAUUGCUGUCGAAACCAAGCCCAAGAUGGACGAGACCAGUUGCCCCAGCAAUCAGACCUGGCUGGAGGGGACUUUGCAGGCACUGACCUGCAAGGCUAAUGGAACUCCCACUCCACUUGUCUUCUGCAUGAAGGAGGGAGCCACUGAAGAUUUCCGCAGUGAGCGGAACGUCAGCAGAAACGACUCCGGUCUCUACCGGUGCAAGGCCACGAACGGCCAUGGGACGGAGAGCUGGAUGGUGAAUGUGCAAGUGGAAUACAGGCCUGUUAUCUCCACUCUGGCUGUCAGUGCUUCGUUACCCAUCAGAAGAGGAGACAACGUCUCUAUCACCUGCCAGGCAGAUGGGUCUCCAGCGGCCAGCUACACCUGGAAGGUGCCUCAGGCCUCCAAUCUCAACUAUGCCAGCAACAGCAGCACAGUGAGCAUUGUUGGGGCAGAUGGGCAGAACAGCGGCGUGUAUGAGUGCACGGCUAGAAACAAGCAUGGGCAGCAGCACAGCCAGGUGGAAAUCCAGGUAGAAGAUCACUGGCUGUAUAUUGUUGUUGUCAUAGCAAUUGCUGGUGCCACCAUGUUAGUCCUGGGAGGAAUGGCUGGGGUCAUUUACUACCUCAAGUCCACAGCCUGCAAAAAAGGAGAAUACAAUGUGCGUGAUGCAGAGAACUCUACUGAAGCCACUUGCCUCAACCGGGAGAGGCCCUGUGAUGGUGACAUCUACGGUAUACAGCUCACCAGGACCUGAACAAGGCUGGGCAGGUACCUCUCGGCUUUGGCAUGCCAGGCAGAGAGGGAAAGGCAGAAGAAAACUUCCUGUACAGCCCUCCUACUUCUGCCACCAUUUCUGCCUCUGAAGGAAGUGUGUCUGAACCAUACAGGCCUCUGCUUCACUGUGGAACUGAUUAACAGCCAGUGGAAGGGCACAUGGUUGAGUGUUGCCAGGAUGGAAGGCCAAUUCUAGUGCCCAUGGCUUUGGGUACCAGUCAGGCGCUUACUUGGCAGAACACGUCCCCAUGCAACCAGCCUUCCUCUGCCCCACUUCACCUGGGCUCUCUGUAGCUUCUGCAGCUAGAAAUGGAACCCUUGGAAAAGUUUUAUCUCAGCAACUCAACUGUUGUUCUUAUUUGGGAUCAUCUAUGCCUUUUCACAUGGGGUAUAAUGAUUGCAGUUUUGCUCAUUCUGGAGAGUUAUAGUUUACUGGUGUCUUGCCAAAAUGGGAAGUAUUACCUUGGGAUUACAGAUCUUCACAUAUGGAGCUGGACUUCAUGCUUUCUAAGAUACGGCAAAGAUUGUAAUUUUUUAAAGAACCAAGAACCUUAAAAGCACAUUGAAUACAUACAUGCAAUUAUGAACUGAAGAGAGAGUUACUCUGAGAAUUAAUGUAACUGGAUUAAGAUAUCAAGGACACAUACUUAAUCCAGAUUAAUGUAAUUUUGUUUUAGCUCAGUGAAACUAUUUGGUAAAUCAAAUCAAAACAAAACAAAAUUCUCUACUCCCUGAGACAAGAUAGAAUAAGGAGAAUCAAGUCACAUCAAGUGAAUUCUGGGAGUUCAUGCCCUUCAUUAAUUGUGUUUGAUUGGUUCAGCUGUGUGAUUCAAGAGCUGAGCAGCAUCCUGAUGUCAGCUUCAUCUCUCCACCUUUAUACCUAGACAUGACCAAGGAAGUGGCCAUGUAUGUUGUAAUUGUGCCAAAACCUCAUGAUAAAUGCAAGCAUGGAUAAGAAAUCACAUAUUUUAAAAGGACUGGAAGGAAGUAAGUUUGAGGGUUUGAGGGACUAGUCUGGCAGAGGAACUUCAACUCAAGGGGUCAAAUUCACCCUGUGGGUUUUCCAGAGGGGCACACUCUGUUCUCUGCCCUCACUGCCUUUCCCCAACCACCAGCUGUUUGGUAAUUUCCUAGCU